UCCCCCGCUGUCCGCAUGCUGCCCGCGCGCUUGGGCUGCAGGCUGCUGUGCGGGUUCCUGCGGGGUCCCGUGCCUGCCGCUGCGUGCCAUGGCCCAGCACGGUGGCUCCCAGUGCGCAAGUGUGAGGCCACCUUCUCCCAGCGCUCGUCAUCCCUGGGCCGCCGGCUUCCUCCUAGCUCAACCGCGACCGACGAUCGUGAGGAAGAAGACCUCGACGCGGAGGAGCGCUUUCUGUUCCCGGAGUACGUCCUGGAGCAGGACCCUGAGGAACAGUUGCGGGAACUGCGGGAGUUGCAGCAGCGGCAGCAGGAGGAGGAGCGACAGAGGUUGCAGGAGCGGGAAGAGCGGCUACAGCAGAAGCUGCGGGCGAGCCUCCGGACGCUGCCGGUCCCGGAGCUUCCAGACACCCCGGUGCCGCCCAGCGACAUCUACUGCUCCGGCUGCGGGGCCGAGCUGCAUUGCCAACACCCCGGCUUGCCCGGCUACCUGCCGGACGAGAAGUUCCACGGCGCUGCCCAGGCCGACGGCGGCCCGGCGCGGAUGGUGUGCCAACGCUGCUGGCUGCUGGUGCACCACCGACGUGCCCUGCGCCUGCAAGUGAGCUGCGAGCAGUACCUGGAGCUGGUGAGCACCGCCCUGCGGCGGCCUGGGCCGGCUCUGGUGCUCUAUAUGGUGGACCUGCUCGACCUGCCGGAUGUCCUGCUGCCCGACUUGCCCAAGCUGGUGGGCCCUAAGCAGGUCUUCGUGCUCGGGAAUAAAGUGGACCUGCUGCCCCAGGACGCGCCCGGCUACUUGCAGCGCCUGCGGAAACGCCUGUGGGACGACUGCAUCCGCGCCGGGCUUAUGGUGGCCCCUGGCCACCGAGGACCACAGUACCCUCCCGGAGAUGAGCCACAGGACGAGAAAAUAAAUCGGAAUCUGCCAGCCAGGCCCCGCACUGUGAUCAAGGACGUGCGGCUGAUCAGCGCCAAGACGGGCUACGGAGUUGAAGAAUUGAUCUCUGCACUUCAGCGCUCCUGGCGCUACCGCGGCGACGUCUACCUGGUGGGCACCACGAACGCCGGCAAGUCCACUCUCUUUAACACACUCCUGGAGUCUGAUUACUGCACCGCCAAGGGCUCUGAAGCCAUCGACAGGGCCACCAUCUCCCCCUGGCCAGGUACUACAUUAAACCUCCUGAAGUUUCCUAUUUGCAACCCAACUCCUUACAGAAUGUUCAAAAGACAAAAGAGGCUUAAAGAAGAUGCAACCAAAGCCGAAGAAGAUCUCAGUGAGCAGGAAAAACGUCAGCUCAGUCAACUGAAAAAGCAUGGUUACGUAGUAGGAAGAGUUGGAAGAACAUGGUUGUUCUCCAGAGAACAGAAGGAAGGGGUUCCCUUUCAGUUUGAUGCCGACUCGCUGGCCUUUGACACGGAAAAUGAACCUGUCGUAGCUGUGCGCGAUUGUGCCAAACAAGUGGAGCUGACCCCAGAGGAUGUGAGAGAUGCCCGCUGGUUUUAUGACACCCCUGGAAUUACAAAAAAAAGCUGUAUUUUAAAUCUUCUAACAGAAAAAGAAGUUGAUAUUGUGUUACCAACACAUUCCAUAAUCCCAAGAACCUUUAUUCUCAGGCCAGGAAUGGCUCUAUUUCUGGGUGCUAUAGCUCGGAUAGAUUUCCUACAGGGAGAUCAGUCAGCGUGGUUUACAGUUGUGGCUUCCAACUUCCUUCCUGUUAAUAUUACUUCCUUGGACAAGGCAGAUGCUCUGUAUGAGAAACAUGCAGGUCACGAGUUACUGAUGGUCCCAAUGGGUGGAAAAGAACGAAUGGCACAGUUUCCUCCACUGGUUGCUGAAGAUAUUACAUUAAAAGGAGGUGGAGACUCUGAAGCAGUAGCUGAUAUCAAGUUCUCCUCUGCAGGUUGGGUUGCAGUGACACCUUACUCUAAGGGCACACUGCAUCUCCGCGGCUACACACCCAAAGGAGCGGCUCUGACUGUCCAGCCCCCUGUCUUGCCGUAUAUUGUUAACAUCAAAGGGCAACGCAUCAAGAAAAGUGUGGCCUAUAGAACCAAGAAGCCUCAAUCCCUGGUAUACAAUCUGAUGAAGAAAAAUAGAUAAGUGAGGCAGAUCUGGAUUCACACUGGAUAGUAACAGUAUAUUGAAAUAUGUUGAAAAUGUAUAAAAUACAAAAUAAUAAAGACACA